UCGGGAAACCAGGGAAACCGUGCAGUUUAUCAAUCAGAACAGCCUCGAAUUUUCUCCGCGGAGAAAUCUGACCCAAAGUCAGAAUGGCCCAGAAGAAUAUCUAUUACUCCGACAAGUACUACGACGACAAAUACGAAUACAGGCACGUCGUCUUGCCUAAAGAAAUCGCCAAACUCGUCCCAAAAUCCCGACUCAUGAGCGAGACCGAAUGGAGGGGCAUCGGCGUGCAGCAAAGCCACGGCUGGGUGCAUUACAUGAUUCACGAGCCCGAGCCGCACAUCCUGCUGUUUCGGAGAGCAGUCACCCCAACCGAGCUGCCUUCGCAAGAAGAACAAAUGCAGGCUGAGCUGUGCAGCCAAUAAGCGAGCUUGACAUGCAAAAGCUUUUUUUUUUUUUUUCUUUAAUGUGUAAAUAGUGUAAUUUUUAGCAUCUCUCCUUUGUGCUCUGUCAUUUUGUUUUUAUGGUACGCCCCAUUUUUUUCCUUCCAUUAUUUGUCUUUUUUUUUUUUUGUCUGACUGACAUUUUUUAGUGUUGUACAGAUUUGUGAUUAAAUCUUUUAUCGACAUGUGAA